AUGUUGAUCAAACAUAGCAGGUCGAAAAAGCCGGUUGCGAUCAUGGACCCGGAUUGUGCAAUUUGCAGCCAGCCGGCUCUGGCUCAGUGCGAGUGUGAAGCUAAAGGGCUUGAUAUUGCUGUACGGCAAGCGGAACAACGAAUGAUGACCAGUGUAUUUAAUGAUAUAAGAGCUUGGGUCCGAGGCCAUGCCCAAGAUUACAUCCUCUCCUACUUCAGUAUGCUCACCACUCGCCGCAAAGACCACCACGCCCAAACCAUCCACCGCAUCACCGAACGAGCAGCGUACUACUACAGAGCCCGUCCACACCCUACCGAGAUCGCCGCCGCAGAUGCUGAACUGAAACGAGGCAUAGACGAGGAUUGGAAAGCAUCUGUACAACGGUAUCCAGAGGUCUUGGAGUAUUUCUAUGGCUUGGUGGAUUUAAAUCUUCCAGGAGACGAGGAGCCUGGAGUUAGAGAUCCACCACUUAGUGCAUUGGGUGGUGUAGCAGUAGGCAGGGAAAGAGAAAGAAAAGUUAGACUGAGGGAACCAAGUGAGGUCGAAGAGCGAAGGAGACGGAGAAGAAGUAGAGGAGCCGAAGACCGAGACAGAGACCGGGACCGA